CCGUGUUCAAUCGUUACUGAUUCUUGCCUCUUGCAUUCUCACUCAUCAGCAUGACUGAAUAGCAAUCACUCCUUCAUCCAUGUCGUCUACCCCCCCUCCGCUCUCGCCUCGUCCACAACGAGCAUCAUCAUCAUCACCUCAUCCAGAGUUCGCGGCUCUCCUCUCCUCGUUCGAAUCAGACUCGGGGCGAGGAUUUCCAGGAUGGCGGCCUGGCGAGGCGACAAGCGCUGGAGAUGAAGCUUAUGCUACACCGCUGGCAUCAUCAAGAAUGUCAAUCCCGGAAAUCACGACAACAUCUCCUUCACCAUUACGUCCAGGUGGGUCCAGUCGUAUUGAUGUCCCGACGCCUGCUUCGCCUAGUGAGGGGCGCUUGAGCCCUCUACCGUCGCCUCCUGCGCGUGCUCGACUAUUCGGUCAAGACAUGACGGAAACUCAAGGCAUCUUGCCACGUCCCCGAGUCGAGCAAGACGCUUAUAUCGGGACUUCCCCGCUUCGUCCUACUCCGCUCAAAACCAGUCCACCAGCGUCGGAGGAUCAGUCGACAAUUGACGCUGCGUACGAAGGGGUCUUCAGUCAAUUCGAUGCUCUCGCAGGUCAACCCAACCUCGAGUUUUCCUAUCCUACUCCACCUCAGUCGAAGCCGUCUAGACCCAUUCGACCGCCUGCUUCGCCAUCCGAGGGAUCGUCGCCCGGCCUCGCCUUCAUACCUCUGGAAGCUGUCUCUGAACGCACUGAACCUCUCUCAGGAGCGGAGAGUCGAAGCCCAUCACCCUCUGACAGUCAUGCAGCAUCCGCUCUCUCGGCCACAUCGAUCGCACGCCGAUUUCCUCUGCCGCCAAGUCCGGUCAAAGGUCCACGAAGCACUCAAACCGCAUCGCCAACUAAGGCUAGCGAGCUGAUUAAGAUGUUCGAAGCUCGAGCCGAUCCAAUUUCGCAGCCUUCCUUUGCCCCCGCGCUGGUAUCUAGAACCACUGCUAUGGCGAGAGCGUCGGGGGGCAUUCCUCGGCAAGAGCCCGCGCCCAGCUCUUACCGGCCUACAGCUGAAUCAAUCUUCUCCACAGCACCCAAGACCCCUCCCAAAUCUGCUUCGCCCCUCUCCCAGGUCAGGACAAUGAUCGCUUCGUGGCGAGCCAGAGCAGGUUCUCCAACUCAACGGGUCAUCGGAUCUCCCGGACAAGGCGGUGAGACGCCCCGGCUCUUCGGACGUGAUAGAGCCUGGAACGUAUCCAUCCGCAGACGGAGACGACACGAUCAGGAACAGAAUGUCCUUGCUGAGCACGGCGACGAGGAAGCGGUACAAAUCCCCCCAACUAGUCCCUUGUCCACGUCAACUGCUCCGUUGAUGCCUAGCCUGUCGCCUCGAACGCCCUCGCUGCAGUCAGUGACACCAAGUGCUCGCUCGAGCGAAUCUAGAACCCUGACAGGUCAACCGCUGCGGACUGGCUCGCUGUGGUAUCUCAACGUUCACGAUACGAACCUAGCUCCGAAUUUUGUAUGGGUACAGACAGAUGCGCGACUGUUCCCAGAAGGGCUGCAGCUGGUGUGGCGCACAGCGGAGGCUCAACAGGCUGUUGUCGUCCUUGACUUGGAAUACUGCGAAGAGGUCGCAUCGACUUAUAGCCCUAACAACCCGAUGGCGGGGGAUGAUAUCGGUGCUAUCGCCGCGAGAAGGCAGGGGGCGCUUGCGGAACAUCUGUAUCCUUUCAAAUUGGUCUACGAUGACGGCACAGAAAGGCUCGGCUGUGAUAGUGCAAGAGAUCGAGUCCGCUGGGUGAAUGCAAUCUGGAGUGUUCUUGAGAGGACACGAGCAGCUCCAGCAUCGUCUGCUGCUCCUUCGAUUCGUUCAAGGCCAAUGUCUCUCCUUUCGUCUGCCGGUGGCGGAUCAUCUUCCACGCGCUACAUGGCCCCUUCACCUUCCCCGGUAUCGCCUUAUCAGCCACUGUAUACCACUGACGACGCCGUUAUCACCACUUCGGCGGGAAUGGCGGCCCCACUCGCUCAUCGAGGAUCUCGUCGACUCGCUCCGGGAAGCAUCGAACGAGCUCGAUCCCUGAGACGUGUGGCAUCCGAAGCGGAUAUCUCUGAAAGCGCUGGUGUAGUUCAUGAUCUUGUCCCUUCCGAAUCGGAUCAUAUCUGUCCUCCUCUCACCGUUGAUGCUGCCCGACGCACCUCUGCAAACAGAGAUUUCACCUUUGCCGGUGGUAUCGCGCCUCCACCUCUGGCUUCCCCUAGCGUCAACGCUCAGACGGUCCGGAUGGGGCCUGCCAGCGACGCUUCUCGGUUCUUCAGUCCUCAGUCAGAUUUCACGGCUCGACCGCCAACAUCCGUCUACGACACUGCACAUAUGCCUUCACAGACAUCAGAAUCCGGCGUUUACCAGACUGCCACAGCGAUUCUCACAAGUCGACUGUCAGAGCCAUUCUCGACGGCCCAGGAAACAGUUUACGCUGGGGGUACCGAGUUGUAUUCGACGGCUGAAGCAUCUCGGGAGACCAUUUCGAGCUAUGAGACGGCUCCGCCGCCUGUACCCUCCCAUGACUCGCAUUACAGUACAGCAUCUUUGGCUUCCAGCGAGCGAUUGCCUGUCCAGGUCACUCGCUACCAGCUUCAUGACCCGCCUGUUGGCUCUCACCUGGCUCAGGAGUCCCGGACAACGUGGCACACUGCUCAGAGUGGGACCGAUUCUUCGGGUUCCACACACCAGUCUGGCUUUACGCGCCAAUCUGCUCCUCAGUACGCUCACGGGUUUACGUUUUCGUUCGCCUCCGACACUCAAGAACAGUCUGAUUCUGCGACACAUAUCUCUGAACCAAACACCGAUAUCGGUCUCUUGGCUGACUUGGAGCGACAAUCAUCCGCAGGCAGCGUGUGGAAUACAUCCGCGUCAAGAAAGGGACGCAAGAGUAGCAUCAGAUCUGGGAAGACACCAUUUGGCACGGCGGUGGAGAACACUCUGUUCGACACUGCUCGAGAAACCAUGUAUACAACCGCUCCGACUUGGCCCACUCAGACAUACAUGUACUCGGCUGUUCAGACACAACACCCGUUGAAGGAUGCGUCUAGCAUAUCGUCGGCCUCGACAGUCGCUGCUUCGUCUAGGCGCAAGCCUGUGCCCCCGCCAUCGCCCUCUAUGCCCAACUCAAGCGGAUGGUCGUCUUAUGAUACGAACCAAAGUUCGGAAAGCCGCACCCCAAAUCAAGACGUCAAUCGCUUCCUUAAUUAUAUCCAAGGUCAAGAUGAGGCGCGGCAGGGUCAGCAGACAAAGAUCUCGAUUCAGCUCGACCGUAUCGAAACGAAGAUGAGUCAAUUGACCGAGCAAAUCCCUGGAGCACGGGACCAAGCCCCACCUGUACCUUCGAAAGAUGACUCUCCGCCAGGUUCGCCAUCGUCCGUGUCUUCAGCCUCGACCAUGCGACCCGUGACACCGCCUCCUGACGCAUUCGCCCAACAGUUUGACGACAUGCGACAUUUGAUCGGAACGCUUAUCGGCAAGACGAACGAUCUCGCAAGUGAGGUUGCUCGCAGCAGGUCCAUUGAGCUGGACAUUUCCGAUCGUGGUCCUGGGAUGCGUAGAAUUGAGGAUCUGUUGCGACGUGCAUUGCUGCGGCUUGGCGACAGCGAAUUCCUCAGUGACUAUGAUCGACCGCUGGAGCCCGAAUACAGGCCGCGAGAGCCGGCCACUCUGAAAGAGGAAGAAUCCAUGUACGAAGGGACCGAUGGAAUAUAUUCUGAUGACUGGGUGAAAGCAAAGACGCCUGCAAACUCGAUCACUGAAAGUUAUCAGCGGAAGAAAAGAUGGUCGGGUGUCCCUGCAUCUCUUCUCGAUGGACCGCUGGGAGAUGCCGACUUUGACUCGGAGGCAGAACGGAUCGCCAUGGAGUAUCUCCCACCGGACUCACCUCCCGAUGAGUAUCGCAUUGAGAAAUCGACGAUACCGCCUAACAUUGCCGCUCGACUUCCCCGACGUCGGCAAGAUCAUGAUGACGAGCCUUAUGAAGAGUCCAUACGUACGGAGCCACUUCUAGAGCCAUCGCCAGAAUCUGAGCGGGAUCAUACGCCUAUUCCUUAUCGACCCCAAGAGUAUGAGCAAGAGCCAUCCGAGUACUCGGACGACUAUGAGGAUGACCGACAACCGACGCGCCCUUUGCCACCUCCUCAACCAGUCGACCUUCCAACACCUGUACAAUCAGAAUCAAGGUACCCGCAGAUGGGUCAACCUCCCAUGCGCCCGCCUUAUCCUGCAGGUGGCAUGCCACCUCCUCCUCCACCUGGUAUGGCAGAAAUGCCACGACCGUCCCUCCCCCGUAUCGCUGGAGUCAGAGAUCCGAUAUCGACUACAUACUUCCGACGUGGAUUCCCGCCUCCAGGACCAAUGGGCUUUUCUCCGGGCAUGUUCCCUGGUCCUAUGGGCUUCCCCGGACCGGGGAUGGGUCCGUUCAUGCCUGGCCUGCGACCUGGACUGAACGGAUUCGGAGGACCUCUUGGACCCAAUGUCAACCCUCAUCUUCGACAACCUGGCAUGUUCCCUCCUGGUGUCCCUAAUACUGGUGGAUAUGGAUGGCCUGCAGCAUCAAGAUAUGAAGCGGGUAUUCCUCCCGGGCCAAGGCGGCGUGUCACUCCGGAUACAGGUGUGGGUAACACCACGUCAGAAGAGACGACACCUUCAACGACCGAGCAACUCAUGACGCCUAUUACUCCUGCAGUCACCACCCCCGGCGAGGCUGUGGGUGUGACUCCAUACAUUGCCCCAGCAGAGGGUGAGGAUGAAGAAGAGGAUGAUAGCAUCCGUCAGGCACUUCAUGCCCAAGGUGAUCAGCAAAACAGCAUGUCCCGAUACCUCCAUGGUAUGUCGGAUCAAAUCGAGGAUGCUCGUCGAGGUCACAAGCAGGAACUGGCAGAUAUCCUCGGUGAUAUCGCCAGACUGCGCGACGAGCUCAAGCCGAAGCAUGUAUUGGGUCAUGUCUUGCCUGAUGGACGGGUCAUUCUUCAAGACGGGUCCGUGGUUGAUGGCAUCCGAGGCGCACCGACGCCAGGCGUCGCACCUGUCAUCACUCCUCCCUCUGCCCCGCACGUCAAAGGUAAAGUCAUGCCUGACGGGACUGUCACGGCGGAUGGCAAAAUUGUCGAUGGUAUCAAGGGCGCUCCGCCGGUGGACGAAAAGGGUCUCCCGAUGAUCCCGGCGGAGACGACGAAAGACUUUGAGCAGGAUAGGAAGCUGGCCUCGCUGGAGGAUAAGAUCAAUCGAUUGCUUGCCCAGACGGGUGAUGUGGAUGGUGCCUCAACGCGCGCUCAAGCAACACCCUUGCCUACAAAACGGCAUCAUCACGAGGAGGAGUUAGCAAAUGUUCCGGCAACUACAUGGGAGGGUGAAGCGGUCACUGGUCCUAUUGAUGGUGCGCCUGCAACAGUGCGAAUCAAUCCUCGCACUGGCAAGCCCGUGUCCAUGCCGAAACCCUUGUCUCUUUCCCCGCAUGAGAUGUCACCUAUUCGAGAAGAAGGCAACGUUCCCCCUGGAUCGCAGAUGAUCCGAGAAGAGACUGAAGAGAUAAUCCAUCGAGCCGAUGGUCAACCACCUGUUCAUACACAUACUACUUCUCGCACCUAUGUUACUCCGGAUGGCACUCGCGUUACUGCUCCUCCUGUUCAAUCCCUUGGCGACCCUGGUACUGCUACUGGACCCGAGACCGUCAUGAAUGUUCCUACGGCUCCAAGCGAGCAUCACUCGGAUCAUCAAGUCAGGUCCUACGGCAACGUCCCGAGUGCACCGCGUCAGCAGUCGACGAUGGAAGACGAAAUGGCGAUUCCAGCGCAGCCAGCAAUGGAUACGAGCCAUCAGACUGUCGCGACGACUCAGAGACCAGCUGGUAAAGCCAAGACGGAGAAGCCAGUAUGGGAUACGAACCCGGCGAAACAUACGCACAACACGCCAGCGACGACUCAAGCCAAUGUCCCGACAGCACCUGGUGGUGCUGCAAACGUGCCUCCUGCCGCUGAAACGGCACCGCCUGGAGGAGCAGCCAACGUCCCGCCGACUCAAACUCUUGGUGACGCUCCUUCUGGCGGCACGCCUGCUCAACCUGCCAGCAUGUCCGCUCCGGCUAAUGCAGGGACGCCGUCCAAAAAUGGCAAGGCUGGCAAAAUACACUGGGACCCAAGACUUCAAGAGCGGCCGCCAAAUGAGCCUGGCGCUACGACCUAUGCAAAUGUGCCAAACGCUGCGAACCCCGCUGGUACUGCGCUUCCGCCGCAGGGUGUGGCAAAUUUGCCAUCCGUUGCUGGCACACCCCAGGGGGCGGCGAACACUCUACCUGUAGGAACUCCUCAAGGUGUUGCAAACACUCUACCCGCUGGUGACGGUGUUCCGCCUGUUGUUGUCGCCCCUGUCCCUGCUGAGAGCUCUGGCAGAAAUAAACUCAGCAAGAAGGAGAAAGAGAAGCUGGAAAAGGAUGAAGGUGGCAAGGAGGAAGGCUGGGGAGAACGCCUGCUGCACGCCGCAGAAGUUGCGGUGCCAGCUGCUAUUGCAGGCGCCGAAUUUGGUGAACAUCGUGCUCACGAAGAGGAGAAGAAGAAGGAUAAGGAAGAGAAGAAGGAGCAGAAAAAAGCGGCAGAUGAGGCUAAGAAGCAGGCAAAGGAGGACGCUGCCGAGAAACGCAAGCAGGUGAAGGAGGAUCAUCAUAUGGCGAACAUCCCUCAAGGCUAUGUGGCAGCGCCCCCUGGAUCGACCAUCCUCCCACCUGGCCCGGGCGGUGCUCCUGCGCCAGCGGCAUCUGGUCCAAGUGGUCUGCCAGCGUCUCUGAACGGUGGUUCACACGCGGCCCCUGGAACUUCUCCCACUGCACCUCUUAUGGACGAAGUGACGCUUCCCGAUGGUCGCAAGGCCUACGUUCUUCGCAAUGAAGAGACAGCUCCAGGCAAAGGCAAGUUGACGAAGGGCAAGCCCGACAAGACUGGAGCUGUAGUGUCGGACGACGCUAUUCAUGAUAUCGGCAAGAUGCACUGCCCCAUGUGCUGUCCUUCAGCUCCUCGGGACGGUAUGGGUCGACCACUGUAUCACUGUGUCCAUCAAUCCGAUUCGCCUGGACCUGGACCUAUGGAUCACGCGAAACCUGCCUCGAUGACGAAGAAGACAGCGCCAGUCCCCGAGGCGAUUCCCUUACCUACGGGUGACGACGAGGCGCCGAGAGUUCCUGGCAAGCUGAAGAAGGGCAAAGCCGCUCUUGGUCCUGAAGAGGAGCUGGAAGACGCAAGAAAGUUGGCAACGAAACAAAAAGCUGCAGCCGAGACUGCAGCUUCCGAGGCUGCCGAACGUAAGCAAAUGGACGAUGCCAAAGCUGCCAAGGCAAAGAUGGCAGAGGAGAGGCACCUGCAGAAUGCACAAGCCCUCGCAGAUCUCAAGCGUGUCUUGGAUGCUCUUGCUGCCGACCAAAAGAUGUGGCGUACCGCAGACGAAGACCGUACCAAAUCUAGUGACAAGCGACGAACCGAGAAGAAUGCGAGAGAUAAAAAGGUCCAAGACGCUCUCGACAGAUUGGUUGCAGGAAGUGACGAGGCAAAGAAGCAGAAAACGGCUGAUGACAAGAAGCCUGGUAUUCAGGCCAUCUUGGACGCUCUCAAGAGCCAAGGAGACGGUCAAGCUCAGUUCCUCCGCAAGCUGGCAGCGGAGAUUAUGGAGCAGAACUCGAAUCAGCAUGGUCUGACCCAGGCCGAGGCGAAGAAGCAAGCCCGGGAGCAGGUCGGAUUCAAUCUGGCGGGAUAUCUGGACGAUUUCUCGAAGGCUCUUUCGGGCGAGGUCCGGGUGCUGCUAAAAGAGGUCGGAGAUCUGCGCGAGUCGAGAAGGGCGUUGUACAUGGAGAUUGCAGACUUGUUGUUGAUGAAGGGACGCCAGUCGGCUGGCGAUCUGAUGGCCAUCCUCCCGUACCCCGUGGCGCCGCCAAAGAACCCUCAAGCGAGCAAGCAGCAAAAGGAUAAGCCGCCUGCGCCACCUGGGGUAGGAGAUACCAAGAACAAGAACCCUGCUGGUGGAGUUCCUGCAUGGAGCACUUUCAUGCCGAUGGGUGGACCUGCUGUCGGGCUGCCCAAUCGACCUUUGCCAAACCCUGCGGGGGUCACUGCGCCGGCGUUUUAAAACCUGAGUGGUGGUGCUGUUCCACCUCCUCCAGCGGUCCCCGGGUCGAGGCCGUUGCCGCAGGUCUGAGGGUAGACAGAGGUGACGAUAGGGAUUGUUUCGGCCUUAACAUGAUGACGAUUGGGAUCUGCAUAAUACAUCUUU